AUGGAGCCAGGGGGUAUUAUGGCUUUUAAAGGGUUCGAGCUCUUCGCCUCCAGACGAGGAGAGCUAGUUAACAAACUCACAGAGUGGAGCCAUCGGCUUUCAAAGCAUCCCCAGCGCGCUGGGGCAAUCGCACAGCUUUUGGAGGCCUUCGAGGAAAAAUUUGACAUCCUGAGAGGACUUGGUGAGUUUGACGGGUUGAUAAUCCGACACACCAUCCAAGAUGCCCAUGACCUACUAAUAGCAGGAGAACCAUUCUCCGUCAGCGAGACAGCAGAAAUUCUAACUAUGGUAGCAACACAUAUUGGAAGGUUGACACUCAGUAGGCAGGAAGGUUCCGACCUAUAUUCAGAGAGCUGGGAUCGAGUGGUCGAAGAAUUCAACGAUGAAUGGGACAACAAGACCCCUGAUCCUAGCGCUGCCAUGGAGAAGAGGCUGAAAGGACUGUAUGAAAUUUGGGAACGUCUUGACUUCAUUGCGCCUGAAUGUAAAUGUCGGCAGUGUUCAAGAGGCCGAGCGGAGGGCCUACGAAGAAAGAGCAAGAAAUAG